AUGAGGACGUUACUAAUUAAUGUACUAGUUUUUACCUUCAAUAUUUGCUUCCUAGCUACGUUAGUUCAUGGAUCAAAUAACCAUGAAAGAAAGUCCUAUAUUGUGUACAUGGGAGAACUUCAGGCCGGAGCUCAGAUCACUUCACUAAUUCAAAGCCACAAUAACCUGCUUUCAUCAGCAAUUGGAGAUCAGAAAUUAGCUAGAGAAUCCAAAAUUCAUAGUUAUGGAAAGAGCUUCAAUGGAUUUGCAGCUAAGUUGUUGCCAGACGAAGUGAAAAGACUAUCCGAUGAACAUGGUGUUAUAUCUGUGUUUCCAAGCACAAGGCGCCAACUUCACACGACAAGAUCAUGGGAUUUCCUAGGGUUGUCCGAAACGACAAAGAAAAGGAACCUAAGUACAGAAAGCAACAUUAUAGUGGGUGUGUUGGAUUCAGGAAUUUGGAUGGAUUGUCCUAGUUUUAGUGAUGAAGGUUAUGGGCCUGCCCCAGCUAAAUGGAGAGGCCAAUGUGUCAAAGGUGCCAACUUCACCGGUUGCAAUAAGUAUUUUUCUAUGGUCUAUCAGCCUGAUAUUGCUGCCCCAGGAAUAGACAUCUUAGCUGCUUACUCAAAGCAGACGACCAUAACUGGUUAUCCAAUGGAUAAACGAAGAGCUGUCUUCAACAUAAUAUCAGGAACAUCCAUGGCGUGCCCACAUGUAGCCGCGGCCGCAGCCUACGUCAAGUCCUUCCACCCCGACUGGUCUCCUGCUGCUAUCAAGUCUGCCCUCAUGACCACAGCCAUACCGAUGAAGAUCAAGGACGAGACGGCUGAGCUAGGCUCCGGAGCAGGACAAAUAGACCCAACAAAGGCACUUAAUCCUGGCCUCGUCUAUGAUUUGUCCUUGAGCUCCUAUAUCCGCUUCUUGUGCAAAGAAGGCUACAACAGCACCAACAUUUCCCUCCUCGUCGGGGGAAAGAAGAGAUACAGGUGCUCCGACUUUAAACCAGCGCAAGGCGCAGAUGGCCUCAACUACCCCACCAUGCAUCUCCAGCUCAAAAAUCCCAACUCAACCAUCUCGGCAGUCUUCCACCGGACAGUGACUCAUGUCGGAUACCAGAGUUCGGUGUACAAGGCGAAUGUGGUCUCACCAGAGGGUCUUUCCGUAAAAGUUUAUCCGAGCUCUUUGCAGUUCAGUCACCAGCAGCAGAAGCACUCUUUCAAGGUUACAGUGAAGGGCGGAUCAAUGGCGAACGAGACGAGCAUCCUAUCUGCUUUACUUAAGUGGAAAGAUUCUCAUGAUCAUAGUGUUAAGAGCUAUAUACUUGUGUAUAAGGGUGGACUUAUGUUCUAAUCUGAUCUCUGCUUGUCUGUAGGAAUGAUUUUAAACAGUGUUAAAGAACCAUA